AUGGAAACCAAGGGCAAACUUGUUCUUCGAAAGAAUCACAUAUUCUUGAUUAAGAACAUUAAUAUCAAACCUGUUGUGGACUAUUUGAUCGAGAAAGGUGUCCUCAGCAUCGACGACAAUGAAAGAAUCCUCGUGGAACCUACCAGGGAAGAUCAAGUGCACAGGUUACUAAGAAUAGUACACAGAAAACCUAAAUCCUACCAGCCACUAUUGGAAAGCGUGGAUGACCAUAUACGGAAUAAACUUACAAGUUGUACAGUAACAGAAGAAGAAAUAAAAGCAGAGGAUCAUCACUUAGAUUCUUUCUUAUGUGAUGUUUUGAAUGAACUUUUCUGCGUUGAAGAAAAAGCAAAAGUUUCAUUAUCUACACUGGAAGAGGAAGUUCGACAGAAACUAUAUGAGUCACAUUUAGAAUACAGACUUAAUCAAGAUCACCUCCAAGCGUUAGUUUUGUCUAACUUUGAUGCUGUUUCUCUUGGGCGAAGUGGCUCCAGAAACAGGAGAUUUGCUGUUUACAAAAAUCUUUCAUGGCGACAAAAGGAUCUAGAAUCUGACGAAACUGAAACUAGUGAUGUUGAAGCACCCGCCAGCCACGUUCACAGUCGCCGCCUGUGUAUUGAAAAAAUGAAUGAAGAGGAGAUCUGCAAAGUCCUUCAAGAGUUUGAUCCGGAGUCGAGCCGACUAGAUGAAAACAUACUGAAAGUAUUCAAACAGGAACAUAUCGAUGGAAAGAUUUUUAAAUAUUUGAACUCAGAAGAUACGAAAGAAUUAUUGCACGGAUUUGCCUUUCGGGAUAGGAAAAACCUCCUGAUAAUACGAGAUGAGCUAAUAAAUCUUGAAAAAGAAGGGAAACCUAUGCCAUCGGUUGACAGACCACAAGCACGAAAAAUGAAAGCAAAAUAUACAGACCGUAAAAGAUACUUCAGAGAAACAUUAAGGAAAUUUGAAUCCCCGGCUGGAAAUUUGGAGAACUAUCGAAAGUCUGCAAGUAUACGAACCAGUAUAACUAGACCGCAUAACCUGAUUGAACCAGUUCAUCUGUUUCUCAACAAAACAUGGGAAAGCACUGAAGAAAAAGUGAAAUGGAUCGCAGAAGAGACUGUUCGUUUUGCAGCAGCAUGUAUGAACGAAAGGACGAAUGGAACCAUUCAUUUUGGUGUUGAACAAAAAGCCAAUAGUGAAUGGCUCGAAGGGGAGAUUGUAGGCAUUGAUGUGGAUAAGGACAGCUGCAAGAGAGCAAUGUAUCAAGCGAUAACUUCUCAUUUCUAUGAUGACCAAAUUGAACUGGGUCUAAAGUGCAUCAGGCCAGUUGAGUUCAUUGGCGUUACUAACGAUGAUACUUGUGAAAGGCAACUGGUAGUUGUUGAGGUCGACAUCGUUCCCAACUCCACCUUACUUCAAGAAGAGGCGGUGUACGUGAAGUUUGAAGAUAAAAUGUUUUUUUAUCGCUUCGUAAAUGAUGAUCCUCACCCGUUGGUCCAAACAGAGGAGCAGAUACGCCAGUAUAUGAAAUUUAAAAAACAGCUUGCACAGUGCCGAAAGGAGAGGGAAAACAUUCCGAAGAGAGUUCCUAUACAGGAAGACCUUAGACAGAAAUUCUUGAACCUGUUUUCUGGUGGUUACGAAACUUUAUCCGAAGAAAUGUACCCAAUUAUUUUCCUCAGUCCUUUAGAAUGUGACACUGUUCACAAUUUCACAGAAAAUUUCCAGUUUGUCGAUGACAUUAAACCAUGCGUGAUCUUUGAUUUCAAUUCAUCAAGUGAUGUUAACGGAAUGUAUCAUUUCGUUGAGGUUGAAAAGGAACAAGUUGUAAAAGUUUUGACAACAGAAAAUUUCGACAGAAAUUCUGUAGAAAAUAAAACUGAUCACGAGCGCCGAAAUCACUUGUUUGAUGACCUCAGAACUUCCGCAUUAAGACCCUGGGUCUUUUGCAAUGGAUAUGAUGCCAUGAAAAAGGAACCCAUGGACGUUUUAGAUUGGAAAAGAAACAGAAGUGAAGGACUCAAGGAGGCACUGAGAUUUUAUGGAGAAGAAGUUCCCAAUGGAAGGGCAAUGGUCAUUUUUCUGUUGCUUUCAAAGAACUAUGAUGUACUUCUUGAAGCUGCAGAAGAUGUUAUACUGAAAUUCCAGGAUCAAUGGAUGCUACUUGCGCCAAGUGAGGACAUUGCUAAUAAUUGGAUGGCCGAAUUGCUGAGACGAAAAAGUAUUGACAAGAAUACAAUGCAGGAGAGAUGCAUCAUUGGACUACCAUGGAAUCAUGUCAACAUAAUGUUACAAAAGUUAGUUUCCACCAAUAACAGGGGAUCAUGUGAAAUCGCGACAUCAAAGGGUGCAUUUUGUUUUCUACGUGAUAAAGUUAGAAACGAAUUGUACGAUCUCGAUGUACUCAGUAGGAUAGAAUGUGAUGACACCGAGAUAACCCAAGAUUCAGAGAAACUUGAAAAGCACAGAAGGGAGUCACAAGAGGCUUUUUUUCGGGGAAACGAAGUUACGUGGUGGAAUUACUGGUUUGGCGCUGAUCAUGUAUUAAGAAGGUCGCAGCAUUCUCGACUGAUGGAAAUUCUAGCAGACGCGUUGAAAGGAAACCAAAAUGAUGAUGAUUGCAGGAUUGCUGUAGUCAGCCUGAUGCACCAACCGGGCGCUGGAGGAACCACUUCAGCCAGACAGCUUCUAUGGGAUUCACGAGAAAAAUAUAGAUGUUGUGUUGUGAAGCAAAUCAGUGACCAAACUUGUGACCAAAUUUCUUUGCUGAGAAACUACGAAGACCCAUCCACUCCUAAUCCUCCAAUAGUGCUGCUAGAUAAUUGCGAUGAAGAGGAUUUUCAGAACCUCUACGCAUCUCUAGAAAACAGAGCCAGGCUUACUGCAAGGCGAAGCGAAACGACACCCUUUUCUUGCUUCUGUGUUCUUCUUCUGUGCACUCGGAGAACAAACUUGCCUACGAAAGUUGGCCAAUCAGUUGUUCUCCUGAAGCAUGAACUGGAUCCCCGUGAGCUCGACUGGUUCAACAUGAAGUAUGAGUCUCUUGAACAGAAGUAUCAAAAUGAGAAUGGAGUCAAUCCUCGUUUACUGAUAUCUUUCAAUAUUCUAAAAGAAAAUUUCAAACAUGAGUAUAUCACCCGUACUGUUCAACAAUAUGUUGACAGCAUUGAAGUCAACAAGGAGAAGGAUUUAUUGCUGUAUCUGGCCAUGAUGAAUAGUUAUGACAUUGACUUUCAAUCGUUACCCAUCAGCGCCUUUGACUCGAUGAUGAUGAAUGGUCAAACAAAGGAAGGUGCUAUUUCUUUUGGCCUCGUGUCUCCCAGACGCCAAAGUUUUGGAAACCGCCACUGGGAGAACAACAUGAGUUCUUCGUUGCAAGUUCUUCUCAAUCGAUCAUCGAGAGGUGGAUUGGGAACAAACCUUCAUGCUCUUUCUAUUAUCAGCAAGCUGUUUGCGAGAGAAAUAUUCAAAUUCCUACAAAAGAAGCUUCAGAUGGAAACGAGUGCUGCAAUGUUACAAUUUCUUAAUUCAGACGUUUUUAACAAUCAGAACAGAUCUGUUGACCAGGUUAAAAGAAUUGUCAAGGAUAUUCUGAAAAAGAGGGAACAGCUUGAAGAUGGAAAGAGAGAAAGUUUUUCGCCAUUGAUUGUUGAAAUCUACAAGAAUGAGGACCCUGACCAAGCAGCAAAAGUUCUUCUGAAAGGAUUUGAUAUGACACAGGACCCGAUGAUUGCGCAACAAAUAGCAAGGUUCUAUAUGAGUUUCAAAAAUUGGGAAGAAGCUACAAAAUACGCCAAGAUGGCCUCACAGAUGAAGCAAAACAAUUCAUAUUUGUGGGAUACUUAUGGCUUGGUGUACAAAAAUCGAUUGCAGGAAAAGUACGAAUGUUGUCUUCAACAAGGAACCAAAUUAUCAUUCAGUGACACAAGGGAGGUUAUUCAGUUAGCAAAAACUGGUAUAGACAUAUUUCACAAAGAGCAAUCUGUCAGCGAACAAGAAAAACAUGCGUCUACAAACGACGCGGGAUACUACAACGAAGUUCAUUUAGUGAUACUUCUACUGGAUUUACUAAAAGUAUCGUCAUCAAUCACAGGGCUUCAUAACAUUUUAGUAGACAAAGAGCUCCAAUACCAAAAGGUAGCUUCACCUGAACUGGAUAAGGAGUCUUUUGACAAUCUACGUACUCUUCGGUUUUAUACUGAUGCUGCAAUGAGAAAGUUGGAAGACAAAACCACUCAACUGAAAGAUAGUGCAAUGAAAAAUGCACAUUUAAGCAAAUCUGGCUUUGCUUACCGGACUUUGCCUCGUUUGAGGGAAAACGUAGAUAGCUACUUUGGAGAGGAUACAGAUGAGGUGCCCGAAACUCUGAGCGAAAAAGAUCAGGCAGAUUUUAGAAGAAGAAGAAUUCGCAAACUUGGAGGAAGAUCACUAGCAAAUAUCCUUGAGCUGCGACGCGAACCAGAGGGUGGAUGUAAAUUGGAAGCAAUUUUCAGGCAUCUUCAAAGCAUUUUGAACUCAGAAAAUGUUACAGCAUUUGACAUUAAAAGCUUCAUAAGUGUAGCAAUUGUGAUGCAUAUUACAAAGGUUAGACGUGAUCCAUAUCCUUAUCAGAAGUUAGUUGAAUUGAGCAAACGACUCUACAAUAUGCAAAACACAAGUGCAGAUGAACUACCUUAUUUGGAGGUUUUUCUAUACCUACUGAUGCUUCACUGGCCUACAGAGAACAGACAACACCUACAACUUUAUCCUGUAGGAAAACUGCCAGAUGCUAUGCAAAAAUGGAAAACAGCUUUUCAAAGGAAUCAUCCACGCCAAAUGGAUGGCAAUCCAUAUCGUUUGAAGAGGGAAACGACAUAUUUCUUUCUUGGAAACGGUAAGGAAUAUGACGAAAUCGUAUAUUACGAAGAACUCCACGGUAGCCACACAGGUAGAUACUACAAAGGAGAUACAGUUUGGUCGCAGCCACAGAACAUCAACAGAUUAAAGCGUUUGGAAGGGAUAUUAAUAAACAAUGGAACAGAGGUGUCUGUUCAUAUCGAGACCGCCGGAGGCAACAAAACUCAGAUUGUUAUACCUACCGGAAUGCACAUUGGACAGCGAAAUCUUUGGCAAAAACGCAUCUAUUUUUACCUAGGAUUCACAUGGUUAGGACCAAAAGCAUUUGAUGUUUCACAAAAUGAUAGAAGAUUAAACGAUCAGGAAGCUCGAUAUUUUAGCCAGGCCAAGAAUGUCCGAAGCAAACCCGUUCCUUUGCAACCAGAACCGGAUGUUGCCAAGCAAAUACUCGGUAUACACGAUUCCCUGAAGAAGAUCGAGCAACUGAAAAAACUGAAAGGGAGGAGCAUGCGAGAGGAAAAUCUCAUCAAACGAGAGCCAGAGCUGCGGAGUCAACUUACAGUUCUUAUAAGAAGUCGACAGGAAUUAUUCAAGCACUGAUAUAGUCAAGAAAAUUUCAAACGCCUGAUGAAGACUUCAAGAGGCCCAUAAAGAGGAAAGUUUCGGUAUAUGCACGCUAGAAGGAGU